AGUAGUUGAAUCAAACAAAGCAAGAAAUUUCGGAUUAAAACUUGGAGGAGAGGAAACAACGACUGGGGAGGUCGGCCUAAGCAAAAUCCAAACCUCCAACCUCCCAAGGUUUUAGGAGAGAGAAAAUCAGGGAGAAAAUCCAAAACCCUCCUCAAUUCUCCGACAAAGAAAAUGCCAACUUUGACGAAACUCUUCAGUAUGGAAGAAGCCGCCGAGCACAACACCAAGGAUGAUUGCUGGGUAGUUAUUGAUGGAAAGGUGUAUGAUGUUACAUCUUACCUCGACGAUCAUCCCGGUGGAGAUGAUGUGCUUCUCACCGCAACUGGAAAGGACGCAAAAGAAGAAUUUGAAGAUGCUGGACAUAGCCAAGAUGCGAGGGAUGAGAUGGAGAAGUAUUUUGUUGGAGAGCUAGACCCAUCUGCUGCAACUAUUCCAGAACCUAAACAAGAAAAGAAGGAUAUGGAUACCAUCCAGAAGAUUAAAGACUUGCCUCUGCAGUACUGGGCAGCUCCUAUAGCCGUCGUUGGCAUCUCAAUUGUAGUUGGCUUCCUUUACUUACGAAAGAAGUAGGUAACUGGUAGAAGCAAGCAGGGAGCAAAUAGAACAAGCAUCAUACAUCAAUUCAACUCAAAAUAACUGUUGAUUGAAUGAGACGGAUAGCUUAGCAAUUUUGAUAGAAAAUUUAUUCACCUGGAUUUUUCAUUGAUAAACAAUAGUAUAUCCUGAUAUUCUUGUGGAAGCAUGAUUUUUGGUCAGAGCUUGAUGAUUUGAUAUUACUCGUAAUACGAGUAGUAAGUGGAGAAUUGAUCUUUCAAAUUAGUUGUUUAUGUGA